AUGGCGCAAAUUCCAGCUCAGACCCUAUACAGGGACCCCCAGCUCUUCUACUGGAUCCUGAUCCCCAUCACCAUUGUCAUGGUCCUGACAGGCGUCCUCCGCCACUAUGCGUCCGUCCUCAUGGCUACCACCCCGAAGAAGGCCGACAUCAAAACCAUCCGCGAGCAGCGUGCCCUUGCCCACGGCGCCAAUCUGAGGAACAACUACCACGUUCUGUCGCGCAAGGCCUUCGAGACUCGCCGAGACUUUUUGAUCGAUGGCUUUGAAUCCGGUGCCUACUUGAAGAACCCGCAGCAAAAGGGCCAGCCUGCGGCGAACCCGCUAUCGGAUCCGAAUGCUAUGGAGGGCAUGAUGGGCAUGAUGAAGAACAACAUGGCCAUGAUCAUUCCCAACACAUUGAUCAUGAGCUGGGUCAAUGCCUUUUUCAGCGGAUACGUCAUCAUGAAACUGCCCUUCCCCAUCACCAUCAAGUUUAAGAGCAUGCUGCAGGCUGGUGUCCAGACCAAAGACAUGGAUCCUCGCUGGAUGUCCAGUAUCAGUUGGUACUUUUUGUGCAUCUUUGGUCUCCAGUUUGUCUAUGUCUUCCUCCUCGGUAGCGAUAAUGCCGCUAGCCAAAUCGCCCAGCAGAUGCAGGCCCAACAGAUGCCCGUCGGCCCCAUGGCCCCUGGCCAGGAUCCCAGCAAGAUGUUCAAGGCCGAGGCUGAAAACCUGGCUGUCAUUGAGCACUACUCUGUCUUGGACGGUGUCGAGGAGCGACUCCUGGAGAGGAUCAAAGUAUAG